AUUGUAUUAAUUAUACUGGCAUGCAUUGCCAUAAAAUACUGGAUUUUAAAUUACCGGCGGGAACAAUUAUCUAUUAAAAUAUUAAAUACCAUGCCUGGUCCAAAAUCAUAUCCGCUCAUUGGAAGUACCUAUUAUUUUUUUCGGCAUAAUUCUAAAGACUUUUUGGAUAUUGUGAUUAAAUUGACAAGAGAUUAUUUGUCUCCAUGUAAAUUUUGUCUAGGCAACAAAUUAGUCAUUGUAAUAUAUGAAGCAGAUCAAAUACAGGCAAUUUUACAAAACAGUGUGGAUAAAAGUGUAGCAUAUAAACUUAUGGAACCAAUUUUCGGCAAAGGAAUACUCACAGCUCCUGUAUCUAUAUGGAUUAAAAAUCGUAAAAUAAUAACACCAAGCAUUAAUACAAAUAUGUUACGAAAGUUAUUUGAUAUAUUUGUUCAACAAUCUUUAAUAUUAACAGAUGAAUUAGAAACAGUUGGACUAAAUGGAAAUAAAACUACUCUUCUUGAACAUAUAUUGAAGUGUAAUCUAAAUGCUGCGUGCGGCACACUGACGAACAUGAAAAUGAAUAAUUUUUCAAAUGAAAUCAAUCAUCUUAUUCAAGUAAUAAUAAGCGACAAAAAAAUAUUUAAACUAAGAUUACGAAAUGUACUUUUAUAUCCUAAUUUUAUAUUCAACCUUACUGUUAUGGGACGGAAACAUCGAAAGAAUAUGAAUUUCCUAAAUUCUUUUACAGAUAAGUUAAUACAAAUAUCUGCAUUAAAUGAAGAGAAUAUCAAGAAAAAAUAUGAGCCAACUAAAAAAACGCUUAUCGAUAUUCUAAUAGAAGUAUUUCAUGAAGACAAGUUCCCACAAAAGAUAAUACGUGAUAAUUUAAAAACAAUGAUAUUAACGGCUUCCGACACAACCAGUGUUACGAUAGAUUUUGCAAUCUUUAUGUUAGCAAAUUUUCCAGAGAUACAGGAAAAAGUAUAUGAAGAAUUAUUGGAAAUUUAUGGGACGGUAACUCCAAAAUCUGCCCGAAUUAAAUAUGAAGAUUUGCAACAUAUGAAUUACUUGGAUCGUUUCAUCAAAGAAACUAUGAGACUAUUUCCUACUGUUCCUCUUAUUGGACGACAUCUAACAGAGGAUGUAAAAAUGGGGGAAUUUAUUUUACCAAAAGGCGUUGAAAUUGCAAUGCCAAUAUUUAGUCUACAUCGAAAUGAAAAGUAUUGGCAUAAUCCAUUGAUAUUUGAUCCGGACAGAUUUCUCCCUGAAAAAAUAGGAACAUCUUACAACAAUUAUUAUAUGCCAUUUGGUUUAGGACCCAGAAAUUGUAUAGUUUUUAUAGGUAUGAAAUAUGCGAUGAUUUCAAUGAAAGUUACCUUAGCUACUUUGAUACGAACAUUUAUAUUCAAAGUAGAUAAACGCAUUCAGAUAGAUGAAAUUAAAUUAAAUAUGGACAUAACAUUAUCUUCUGUUGAACCUAUAGAAGUUAAAAUUGAGAAACGAGAAUUACGUUAAAAAUAUAUAAAGUAUAUUGUUGUGCCGGGUGCGGAACGAGAUGUGGGAUAUUGCCGGGAUAACCUGUUAAUCUGUGUAGAGGCCUCAACACCUUCUUUCUUUCUUUAUUUCCCUUUUUUUUAUCAAAUCAUUUAUUUCUACUAGAUUUGUUAUACAAUUUGGUUAAAAGGUCUGAAUAUAUCUUAUUUCAUAAUCCUU